AAGCAACUAAAAUUAAUUUCAAAAUGCAAAUUAAACAAAAUGACUUGGAUUAGUUCCAUCAGAGGUUUAGAGAAUCUGCUUGAUGUCACUCCCACCUGGGCUCUAGUUUCUACCAGGGUGGUGUUUGAGUCAUAGGCAAGACUUCACUGCUUUGAACAAGCCUUACUCAUUAGAAAAUAGCGCACACCUCAGAAAUAAUUACUUCCGAUUCUAUUUUAGCAGAUAUUUCAUUUGUGCAACAGGAUACUUCCACGCGUGGACGCCGACGACCCGCUGCCCACCACCACAACCACGCCAUCCUCCCCUCGGCCCUGUGAGACCACGCGGGGCGCACACUUGAAUCGUUGCGGGGCUCGUCCCACUCCACCCCACCGGGACCGGCGGCAGAGGGUGCCAAACCGCCCCUCGGGUCUGCGCCGAGGACGCAGCCGUGCCGAGCGAUGACGCUCAGCAGCCGGUUCGCCGCCUCGCCUCAUCUGUCUCCAGCGCCUCGCGGGGGGGGGGGAGGGAGGGAUGCCGUGAGAUUCGCCGCGGGCCCUCGCUGGCACCUGGCUCCGAGUGACGCGUGGGGGAAUCGGGGCAAAAGCGACGGCGAAUGAUGACACGGUGGUUCGGCUCGUAGAUGCGCGGAGCUCCCCCGUUCUCGCCGUGUGAGGACCCGUGCUGGAGGCGCCGGACUUUAAUACGCGUGGCACCGCGGGCGACACUGCACCGCCUGUAGUUGUGCAGAACAGGAACAGUCCUUGAAACAGGUUGCUGAAAUCUCCUUCCUCCAGAACGGUUGCCGGCUGUCGCUGCGGCGCGGAUCGCAUCCCCCCGGGGCCCGAGGCGCCUCGUGGCGUCCCGUUUAGCACCGAGGCCAUGUCUGUCUUCCCUGAGGACUUCGCAGCACAGUGUAGGAUGCUCUGCCCCAGAUGGUGACUUGUGCAGGGUUUGAUGGAGAGCUGGUCGAAUGUCAGCGGGAACUAUUGUUAUAACCGGAGGAAUUCUCGCCGGAGUGAUACUGCUGUGCAUUGUAGCAGUGCUCUGUUACUGUAGACUCCAGUAUUACUGCUGUAAGAAGAAUGACUCUGAGGCGGACGUGGGCUCCGUGGCGGGGGCCGACCCCCUCUCCCACUUCCCCUGCGACGCCUGCAACGCCCUGGCCAUGGACGGCGCCACCAUCGUGCCCGUCCCCCUGGAGCAGCUGGACGCCGGCGCGCACCUCAACCACUGCCCCGGCUGCUCGCCGUACCCGCGGCGCUGCGGCCUGGCGGACGGCGUGCGCAACGGCGGCGAGCGGCUGGGCUUCCACACCUACUACGAGAACCGCUCCGUGUCCCUGCCGCUGUCCGCCAACCCGCCGGGCUCCUCCCCCCUGAGCUACUACAGCCCCACAGACGCGUUCCCCCCCCCCCACCGCUCCUACAGCACCCAGGUCUGACCUGCGCUGCCCCCGACCCCACGCACCUGACAUCAGCUGAUCCAGAACAUGCCUUCCUCGCUGGGACUAAAUUCAGGUGAUGGGUUACAAAACAGCACAAUUAGACUCACUUGCCCGCAUUAGUGCGGACGCCCACGUCGGCCUCGCUCCUGUCCAGAUGCAUUCAUCCAGGGAGGUGACCCAUAAAGCCUCUGUGUGGGCUGCAGCCUCUGCAGAGCGGCAGGCAGCAGCAUGACGCGCUAUUAGAUUAGCAUUGAUGUGGUGUAGGACUAGUCCAACCUCAGUUUGUUCCACUGGCUCUGAAAUGAGUCUCUGGUUAAAUGGAUCACGUAGCGCGUGAUCGGAUUCAAGCCACCGACGCUGUUGGUGGACGGAUGUCACGUGACGUUUAGGUGCUAGUUUCCAACAAGAGCGCAAAGCCAUGAACGACGAGUCGCCAUCAUUGUGUCUGAAAACGUUCAAUCUGCUCUGUUUUAAUGAAUAAAUGAAUUCAUUACAUUUAUUUUACAUGAACUAAAUUCAGAGAAGCUUCAGACGACGCUCUGAACAGCCACGUGUCCGUUCAGUGACCGCAUCAUCGUUUUAUGGGUGAAACCAGGCGUGAACCGCCGCGUUCACAUUGUGAAUAUAUCUGGUUUCCCAGUGCACAGAAACCUUAGUCUCCCCCUCCCUCACUGUCACACCCACCUACAUCACCCUCCUCCCCCCUCCUCCACCUCCCCCCCGCUGCUGUAAAUGAGGGCUAUUGACUAUUGAAUCCAUUAAUGAAGCCUAAUUGUGUUCGCCCAGAGGAGUAACUUCAAGUUGUUGAGCUUUUUUUAUGCAGCCUGCAAGAAUUUGAGAAAAAAAAAAAGUGUGAAUUGUGUCUGCUUGUACUUUCACUGUAAUGGAACCGGGCUGCGUUGAGAACGUGGGUCCUCAGGCUGUAGAUUAGUUCACUGUCAUAGGAUCAUGUCCCCUGUUUUCUUUGUGAAGCUUAUGAUUUAUAUGUUAAAGCCAUUAUAUCUGCUUUACCGUGCAGUGACCAGAUGCAGUGUUAUUCCACAGUAUGUACCUGAAUUUAUAUAUUUCUAAGGAGUAUUGUAGUUUUUGUGAGGGGUGUUUUAAUGAGUUUAUACGAUAUGUGACUUUUUCAUAGUCGUCUGCUUUUCUUCCAGCGUCUUUAUUCCUCGUGCUUCUGCAGUUAGAGAGAGAAUGAACUGUACAUUUGGGAACUGAACACUCACUUCACGGAAAACUGAUUUUUACUAUAUGAAAUUAAACGAAGCUAUUCAUUAUAACCUCACAUCGCGUGGUUUCCACUGAGAGCUGAGCUUCGUUAGCACGUCUGCUCGUCACCUCACUUCCACUCGUCACCAAGUACGUGCUAAGUGCUAAUUUAGCUAUGUAUAGCUGCUUCCUUUAAGGUUCAUUUGCACUGGUGUUCACUGACACGUUGCCCAUAUAGUCUCACUCGGUCCCUAGAGUUUGGUGGAAGAGGUUCAGAUUUGCCUUUUGGUUUUUUGUUUUGUGCCACGAAAGCAUCAUAGCUGUGUCAGAACUGACCUGUAUUUAUUUAUUUGUUCUUAUUAUAAAAUAAGUUUCUGUGUGAGGUGAUUUUGUAUUCCCUGAUACAGUGCAGAAAAUAGAGAAUUCACCAUGUUUCACACCAUGUUGUUUUUUUUUAUGAGGAAUAAACGAUUAUGUUUCA